AUGAAACUAUUUGCCGCUAACAGUACGCCUAUCCAAGUGUAUGGAGAGUCACUCUACACGUUGGAUCUUGGUCUUCGACGCGCCUUUCUGUGGAACUUCGUGAUCGCAGAUGUGGGUACCGCAAUAAUAGGAGCCGAUUUCCUCCAGCAUUUUCACCUUUUAGUGGACCUGCGCGACAAAUGCCUCGUAGACGCCUUAACCAACUUACGAACGCCGGGUGUUCCUGAUCUACAUCCUGGGGAGCCAACCGUAAAGGUGUGCGAUUCGACCUCACCAAUCGCCACCUUGUUGAGGGAGUUCCCUGGGUUGACUGCACGGACCGCGCCCGGAACGCUCCUGCAAUCCGACGUCACGCACCGCAUAGAGACUACCGGACAACCGACCUUCGUCCGUCCGCGUAGAUUGUCCCCCGAAAAAUAUGCUGCAGCUCGCGCCGAGUUCGAGUCUCUCGUACAGCUAGGAGUGUGCCGACCAUCUAACAGCAGCUGGGCCAGUCCUCUGCACAUGACGAAAAAAGCAGACGGGACGUGGCGACCCUGUGGCGACUACAGAGCCCUCAACGCGAAAACAAUUCCCGACCGUUACCCACUACCUUUCUUGCAGGAUUUUACUAUGCAUUUGCAGGGAAAACCAUCUUUUCUAAGGUUGACCUACACAAGGCAUAUCACCAAAUCCCUAUACAUCCCGAAGAUAUACCGAAGACGGCGAUCACAACCCCCUUCGGAUUACGAUAUGAUUGUCGCCUCGUCGACAGAAGAAGAACACCACGAACACCUGCGCCAGCUAUUUCAGCGUCUCGAACAACACCACCUGGCCAUCAAUCCGGCCAAAUGCGAAUUCAACCGAAGCGAAAUUGCCUUUCUUGACCACUUGGUCAACGCAGAAGGGAUACGUCCUCUCCCAGAACGGGUACGAGCAAUCAGCGAGUUGAGUAAACCAGCGACGAUAAUGGAGCUGAAGAAAUUCCUCGCGAUGAUCAACUAUUAUCGACGCUUCUUGCCACAUGCCCUGACGACACAAAGCAUCCUACUUGAGAUGACACCGGGGAACAAGAAGAAGGACAAGACACCGCUAAAGUGGACGCCCGAAUCUAGCGAAGCAUUCGACCGAUGUAAAGAGCAGCUACAACAAGCCGCGCUUUUAGCUCACCCUGCCUUAAACGCAGAGUUGUCACUCUGGACAGACGCUUCCGACUUCGCCGCUGGAGCCGUUCUCCACCAACGUAUCGACGGCCAACUCCAGCCCUUAGGAUUUUUCUCCAAAAAGUUUGAGAAGGCACAGCUCAACUACUCAACAUACGACCGCGAGUUGACCGCUAUUUAUCUGGCUGUAAGACACUUUCGACUCUUGAUAGCUCCUCGCCGCGUCGAGCCAGACAACUCGACUUCAUUGGGCAAUUCUCCACCGACAUUCGCCACGUAUCGGGAGAAGAAAACAUCACCGUCGACCUACUCUCACGAGUUGAAAUUCAACGGCAACCGAUACUGCCUCACGAUCAUAGACCGAUUUUCCCGCUGGCCGGAAGCUAUACCGAUUCCAGACAUCACCGCGACUACGGUUGUAUCAGCACUGCUGUACCAUUGGAUUGCACGAUUCGGAGUUCCGUCUCACGUGACAACCGAUCAGGGACGACAAUUCGAGUCCGCCCUGUUCAAGGAGUUGACGCGAGGAACAAAACACAUUCGAACGACCGCGUAUCACCCGCAGGCAAACGGGUUGAUCGAGAGAUGGCAUCGCACUCUCAAAGCUGCAAUUUGCUGUAAAGAUACAUCGAAGUGGAGCGAACAUCUCCCGCUCAUACUGCUCGGAUUACGCACUACAUUCAAGAACGACAUUAAUGCGUCGCCUGCAGAACUCGUGUACGGAACGACCCUCACCAUUCCCGCCGAAUUUCUCGUCGAAAAACCGCAACCAGCCCUGGUCAACCAGUCCGACUUUGCUAAGACACUCCGAGAAGCGAUGAGCAAAAUUCGACCUUCUAACACCGCCUGGCACACCAACCGAACAUCGUUUGUGCACUCCGACUUGAACAAAUGCUCGCAUGUGUUUGUGCGCAAUGACACCGUCCGUCCCGCGUUAACCACACCUUAUCACGGCCCAUACCAAGUACUUACUCGAAAUUCAAAGUCUUUUCAGAUCCUACCAAACGGACACCCCUCGCUUGUGUCCGUCGAGCGCCUAAAGCCAGCAUAUACAACCGAAGGAAUAAUCUCGUCAGCCCCGCAACAACCGUCACCCGACCAACUGCUGACGAGCCAACGACACGCUACUCCAGUGGCCCAACCACCGUCGACGCAACAAUCGACGAUGAGCCAGCGUCUCACAACUCCGAUGCCCGGACCGUCGACGCUCGACCAGCUGCCAUCGUCCAAUCAAUCGUCGCUGCCAGAUCAGCAGCCAACGGCCACACAGUCGCCUUCGACCAUACAGCUGCCGUCAACAAACCAACCGCCGAUAGCCCGGAACCGCGCCACACGAACAUCACCUAUGCCGUCGCUACAACCAGCCAGAGCAACCACCAGCUUCGCCCCAUCAUCGCCUAUCUUACGCAAGGAUCAAAACGUAUCGACCGGUGUUACCAGAUCUCAACGAAGAGUAGUAAUUCCUCUGCGAUACCGAUAA